CCCCCCCCCCUCCACUUGAUGGGUUUCACGCACCAAAGAGAAGCAGCACGGGGUGAGGUCAGUGCCCGAGAGCGGCUGGACGUCCAGCGGCUGGAUGUGGAGGCAAAAAACAUCUUCGAGGGGAGAAAGUGACGGAGCGAGCGGAGACGGAUCACCGGGAUUUCGUUUUCCUUUUCCCACCAGCGCUCGAAGAGUCUCCUUUUAUUAUAAUCUUUUUUCAGUCUCGAUUGUGCGUUGCGUCAUUGCGCCGUUCGCACGGGAUUGCCUCGAUUGUAUGCUCACAUUUGAAUAAAUCAUUUUUAGACCACUUGAAACCGACGCGUAACGAGCUGGGAUCAUUCUCUUGGAAUUGCCGGAAUACUGCAUAUCGCGUCAAAUCAAGCAGCCAGUCUUUCCACUAACUGCCUCGUUGUGUGGAGAUAACGGCGAGAGAAAUUUAAACGCGACCCAGGGACCUUUUUCCUCGCGAAACGUCGACAGCCCGAAGCGCACUUUGCGCUGCGCAAUUGUUCCGUCGAGGACCUGUUUGUGCACCGUUUGCCCUCCGUUGAAAAAAACCCCCAAACAAAACAAGAAAAACACAGCAAAAAAAUUGGCAGACGAUCCGAGAAAUGUUCAAAAAGCUUGUCAAGAGUGGGAUUUAAAUCGCAACGGGUCGUGGAGGAGGAAGAAGAGGAGGAGGAUAAACUUCAUCUCCGUUUGACAUCGACGCUGCUGGAUUUGAGCAAAAAAAGAAAUGAAGCAUUUCUAAUUGGGAGCACACAGCUUGCUCGCUCAAUGUUUUCCGUCUGCAUGCAGCUGUAGUCUGCACGGCGCAACAAUUUAUGGUUGGCCGCAGAACUCCCCCGGCUGUCGUACUGUGCCCACCUCGCCAUGCUGGCCUGUCUACAGAGGAGGCAGAACCCUCCACCCCAGCACCCGGUGUGUGCCAGCAAGAGCCUGGAGCCACCGCAAGCCCUGGGACGCAAAUGCAGCCAUACAAGCCAUUCCCAGCUGAUUAAUAGAGAAGAGAGACAUCUGAAAAACAACAGCUGGCGGGUCUCUUCAACAGUCGGACAAUGUGCACGGCUUGAAAACACAUGUGACCUGGUGGUGCCUACACAUUCGCCUCGCUACCCCACCGUGGCAGAACUUGAUGCCUACGCUCAGAAGACAGCCAACAGCCCCCUGUCCAUCAAGAUCUUCCCGACCAACAUCAGGGUUCCCCAGCACAAGCACCUUAACCGGACUGUAAAUGGAUAUGACACCACCGGCCAACGCUACAGCCCCUAUCCACACUUCCACACUGGGGGCUACCAUGGCCUGCUUGCCAUUGUCAAGUCCUCUUCCUCCCCGUCAUCAUCAUCCACCGCCACCUUUGUCUCAGCAAAAGGUGUUCUCAAGAACUCCGAAGGCAGACGGACUAAGCUCUCUCCGGCCCACAUUGCUGUUGCCCCAUACCCACCUAGCAGUAGCACUUUAGUCACUGGCCUGAGCCAGAUGGGAUAUCAAACGGGGCCUGCAAAGCCUCCAGAAGGCCCUGGGUUGUCAGUACCCCCCAAUGUCACUGUAGCUGGCUCAGUGAUUCCUGUAACAGGGGGGCGUGGCCUGCCUCUCCCCGCACAGUCCAACCUCCCCUCCAUCCAGAGCAUCAUUUACCAGAUCAACCAGCAUUGCCAAGCCCAGGCUCUGCAGCAGGUGUGUCAAGGGGCGCCACCUUCCAAUUCCAGUCCCUCCAAGCAGGGCACCACUGUCAUGGGGGUCUCCUCUAGCUCUUCGGGUGGCGGUUACGUGGUGGGACUUGGUCCGCAGGCCAACAUGAUCUACGCGGGUCAAGGGCUGCCGGCUCAAAACACUGAGGCGGUGAAGAAUGGGGUUUACGCAGACGGUAUGGAUUACAUCCUCUGGCAGAAGCAGCAGCAGCAACAACAGCAGCAGCAACAACAGGCAGUGCUACGAAUGUACAGCGGGGGCAGCGGAGGGGGAGGGGCCAUCAGCAAGUCCCCUGAAAGCUGCAUUCAAGUCGGCGGAAUCUUGGCGGGGCAAGUCUCCUCCUCGUCGUCCAGACCUUACCACCUGACGGCGAGCGCUAGCGGCGGAGGCGGUCUGGACAAAGUCAGCUCCUCCCCGUUGAACUGCAUGGCCAUGCAUGGGAAUUUCUCAGUGGGUCAGUACUUUGCCCCACCGUGGAACAGUGUCCUGGUGACACCUGACAGUGACUGCUACAACCCUCAGGAGCUUCUGGUCUCCUCUACGGGUGGGCCAGCCACAGGCCACAGAGAAGUGGGCUACCCGCACCAUCCCUAUCACCACCACCACCACCAUCACCACCACCCUGCCAUCGACAGCGGAGGCCGUCUGUGUUGCAGCCUGCCCAGCAAGAGCUUGUGCAACACGUCAGUGUUGAGCAGCAGCUUGCAGUCUCUGGAAUACCUGAUCAACGACAUCCACCCGCCAUGCAUAAAGGAGCAGAUGCUUGGCAAAGGCUACGAGACUGUGUCGGUGCCACGUCUGUUGGACCACCAGCACGCACACAUCCGCCUCCCCGUUUACAGAUAGAGGCGCGACUGUAUCACAAGAAUCAAGUUGUGAAUUUGUAAAGAAAAUCUGCGAAAGUGAAAGGACAGAUUCCAUUUUUGUGGGGGUGACGAUUGGCUUUAACAGGUGCGCGAGCUUAGCGAGAAGAGCUGUUGUCGUGCCGUGUGACCGAUGAUCGACGGUGGUUUCAAGCCAGGCUACGAGAAUUCCAAAUAAGAAAAGGCAGUAGUAAUUGUGAGUGGGGGAGAAAAGGGAUUUUAAGAUUCUCCCGAUGAUCCAUUGUGCGCUUUGCCAAUAGGAAUUUUGCAUUGAUUUAUUUGUACUUCCUGUUUCCUUUUAUGUUGCUUAUGUUUUACUUGCCUGAACGUUUAACUUCUCGCUUUUUUUGUUUUGUUUUUGUUUUUGUUUUUUUCUUUCGGACGGAAUCAUAGCUUGACAUGAAGUGCUUACGCCACUUGUACCCCCGCUUCAAAUACGAAGACUGAAGCGACUGUGUAGGUUGUCACUGAAAUAAACGGUCUUCACAGGACCAAAGUUUAGGGCUGCUCACAACAUCCAAAACCACAUGCAGAUGGAUGAAGACAGACUCAGUGAAAUUAUAGCCAGGACGCUAGUGUUCUGCACAAGAAUCAUCAAAUCUGAUUAGGAAAGGAUAGUACAUUAUUAUUGAUUAUUGCUGUUAUAAUUGAUACAUAAAUUGCACUGCUUGAAUCUUGUUAACUUUGAAGUUUGGAAUUGGGUAGUUUGGAUAUGAUAUAUUUAAGAAACUUGAAAAACUUGAACCUAUUUUAUGUUGUUUUAUAUAUUUGUAGGUAUAUUAUAUGCAUUGGCUGCUAUGGGGGAAAGUGUCUCUGAUGCUUUGUUUAUUUCCACUUGGUUUUUAUGAUUUCAAUAUUUUCCUUUUCAAGCAAAAUGUGCAGUUUUUUUAUGUUCUGAUCGGAGGCAUCGUCACUGCUUUGGUUCUGUAAGAACCUGCUUUGUGAGCGCUCCUUUUCCUAACCAACACUGGAAACUGCAGGGUGGGUGAAAUGUAACUCGAAAAAUGAUGUCAUCCAUAUUCUUCUUACAAAGUUAUUGAAUCGAAAGAUACUUGUUCUUUAUUACAUGGGAAAAUGAAAGUAAAUCUUCAUAUUUGAACAUAAGCACCAUUGGCGUCCACCACAUCAACAAACCGACCAACCGCCAAGUAACUGGCCAUCUGAAAAAGAAAUCAGAAAUAAGACAAUGGGAAAAUAAAAAUUAAAACAAUAAGAAACCCUCAUUCGUGUGUUCUCUGUUUCCAAAAAAUGUUUUCAAAAUGAUUUCAGAGAAUUGUAAAAGCAAUUUCUAAUGCCUAGUUACUUUUCACCCACCCUGUAUAAUUACGAAGGAGUAUUAGGCCCACACAGAAAAGAAAAUCAUUUAUUUUAUGACAAUAAAGUUGUAACGUUGUGAGAGUUAAGUUAUAAUAUUAUGACAAUAAUCACAAUAUUAUGAUGAUAAAAGUUAACAAAUAUUUACUGCUAUUGCCUGACUAAUAUAUGGCAGAUGGGACAGCGACAGUUUUCACAGUUACUCAUUAAAAAAUGAUUUUAAAAAAUAUUUAAAUGUAUAUUUAAUUUUAAUAUUUGUAUAAGGUAUCUUUGUAAUAGAGUCUCUUCCGUUCUGCUUAUCCUCACACGGGUCGCGGGCGCGCUGGAGCCUAUCCCAGCAAUCUUUGGGCGUACACCCUGAACUGGUCGCCGGCCAAUCGCAGGGCACAUCUUUGUAAUAUUGUGACUUUUUUUUACUUUUUCUUUCAGCGUCUUCCUAAUACUCCUUCAUAACAAUAAAUCUUGAAACACUUCUUUCAUAACAAACAGAAAAUUAAAUGUUACAGUGAAGAAUGUGAAUUGCGAGGUUAUCGACAUGACGAUAAAUGUAUGUGUGCUUAACGCAAGUGUGUGUGUGUGUGUGUUUGCGUAUGCAUUUUAGCUCUUCAGAAGCCUCAGACUUUUUAUUUUCCCAUGUGUCAUUUGAAGAUUUCGACUACAGUCCCCAUAAAAUCAUAUCCGAGUAAUGUGCAGGAAUUCUUUUGCAGAUGUCGCUUCCUUUUUAACGGGAGGACGUAGUUGGCUCCUUUUCAAGUGUAGUUGUGAAAUCUGCCUUCUCUGUCAGGUGUCAUCUUACCGAUAGAGGAAGCUUGGAUACAAGGGAGUCCUAUUUUGAGAGAUAUGAUAUGAAAAAAAAAAUAAAUGAAAACAAUCAUUUGCUCUCCUCUGGCAUCAGAUGAAAUGAGAGAAGGGUCAUUACUUUUUCCUUGUUCAUUUUAGCCCCUGGUUGGGAUGCAUUUAGCUCAGGCCCGUCUUAACUAGAUGAUUCAGAGCGGUGAAAUAUUUAUUAUGACUGUGAGAUUCCCUUGAAUGUACUGCACUUAAAUUACUGCGACGUGUUAUUGCCUUGUGGGAUUCAAGUGAAAGAGGAAAAAAUUGGAUCAGUGCAGCAGACCUAUGGUCUUGAUUAGCAUUUCUUUUGUCAAUGGAAUUUCAAUGCUAAAUUCAAUUUAUUAAAUAAAGUGAGAGCCGGAGCUUUGUUGUGGGAAAAUACUGGCAUCAGUCUAGAUUUAUGAAGUGCAAUUAUUAUGACUGUAUGAACAUUUUUUUUUUCUCUGAGCUUACACCAAAAAAAAAAAAAAAAAAAAAAUGUAAACUACAGUUGUCAAUACAUUCCCAAUGUACCACAUCCCUAAUCCCUAUCCUUUUUUUUUGUUUCUUUUGUUUUGUUUUG